AUGUCCGUGAUAGGCGACCGUGUCUGGGCCAUCAACACACAGCUCAACUCCAUAUCGAGAGACCAUGACCUGUUCGUCGUCACCGAAGAUGAACAGGUCUCUCUCCAGGAGCAGGGCGUGUUGGUUGCCACGGCACUCGAGUCGCCUCGAGUAGCCGAAUUGGUCCGGAUCUUCAAGGCGCUUUCAACGCCUUCAUCAUCUGACCCUCUCUUACCUACAUGGAGGAUCGAGCAGCUUCUCAUACAAUCUCAACUUGCUAUGCAUCAUGACACCUUCAAAUUCACUCCGGGAGCUGUUGACGGCGAGCUACCAAAUCCAUUUGAGACUGAAAUCGAGUGGCUCCUUCUUGCGAAGGCUGCAAUGCAGAUUUACGGUGCUAUUCUGCAGACUCUGAUUGACCAGAACAUCUCGCUCGAGGACCACCUGUGGUAUUGGGACGACAUAUCACGCUCAUAUAGGCUUGGUUUCCUCCUUUGGCUACAAAAAUCUCCGCUCCAGCUGUGGAGCUUCACGAGAGAUGUAUAUUAUGAGAGCACCCAUCGUAUACGCUCCAUGUAUUCCCCGGAACUUAAACCCGAAGACGAGCUCGACGAAGAGCAUGUGGCCGUGAGUCGAAAGGACUCUAUCAAGUGCAUGUCCAUGUCGGAUCGAUGGAGGAAGUUUUACCACAUCGUACGAACAACGGUCCAAGAUAGGUCUCUCGUUAACAUCCAAGACCGCAUCUUAUCACCGAUCGCACUAUGUCAAGCAGAGGCACGGGAAAAAGCAUACCAGAUCCGUCGCUUGAAGGAGAAUAUCGCUUGUGGAGUCGGCGCGCUAGUUCACGAAGGUCUCGAUUUCAACAGGGGAGAAUGGAAGGAUGUGCUCGAACGAAGCGUUUCACUCAUGGAGACGGUCAUGGUCCAGACGGCAAACAUUGACGGCACAGUAUCUGAUUUCGAAGAGGGAAUCUUCCGUUUUGUCGACAAUGACCCGGAGCUCUUAAAUCAGCUUGAUGAGGAACAAGAUUCUCCACCCCGCCGGCUUGCGAACCGACUGCUCACGAUUUUGCAACAUCGACUACCUCGCCAGGCCGCCGAUACCAGGGCUGUAAUUAAGACCCACGGGCGUCCAUCGAUCUGGGUCAGGUAUUGGCUCCCGGCUACUAUCGGUCUCCUCUCGUCGAGUAUGAUCCUUCGCUUCCUUACUAACCGGAAGGCGGACAUCAUCCAAGCGAUUGCGGACCUUGGCCUAACCGUUAGGGACUUCUGGAGCAACUGGGUUAUUGACCCCGCACGGAAGAUUAUCAAGACCAUUCGACACGACGAGAAUCGAGAGCUUACGCUCAUGAGUCGCGACAGCCUCAGGGCAGACCUCGAGAGCCUAGAGCGCAUGGUUGUCGAUUUUGCCGUCGAUAAGCCCCAUUUCGCCACCGCAGAUGGCUCGGCGGUGGCUCUAACGGACGCUCAGGUGGCUGACAUCCGCUCUCGGGUCGUCCACGGAGACGUGACACCUGUUCUCAAGGCCUACGAGAAGGAUCUUAGGAAGCCCUUCAUCGGCGCCGUGAAGGGGGACCUCGUGCGAUCUCUUCUUAUCCAGGUCCAGAAGAGCAAGGUCGACAUGGAAGUUGCCCUCGGCGGAAUCGACGCCCUCCUCAAGAGCCAGGAACUAGUCUUCGGCUUCGUCUCCCUCACCCCCGGGAUCCUCAUCUCCGUCGGCGUCUACCAGUACAUCCGAGGCGUAAUGUCUGGAAGGGUAGGCUUGCGCCAGCGCGACAGGACCUCCAAGACCAUGCGGGCCGUGCGCACGAUAAACCGGAUGCUCGCCAAGGCGGAUCUGACGCCGGAGAAGACUAUGACGUACGAGCAGAUAGGGAACCUCCUCUGCCAGGUUCAUAUCCUUCGGAACAUUGUGCCGCAGACUAUGCCGCAGGACACUAGGAAGGACUUCCUCAUCGACCUUGAUGAGUUGGUUAACUUGCGGGUCGUUCCGUUCCAGAAGAAGACGAUGGAGGAUAUCGUGUUGACCUACGCGAAGUGGCUGCUGUGA